CCGCCAACGUCGACAACCUGAUGGAUCUGUACAGCCCCCGCCCCAGCACUCUGAAGAAGUUCGCUGCUGGGAUGCAUGGACAGCCUCUCCAACAUCGAGUCAAGCAACUAGUGUCAAGUCUUGAGGCUGCGUGGGUCAAUGCGGGCAGAACGACGCAGUCCGAAGUGAAGCGUAUCUCGAGGCCCGUGAGCAACAGCAACAGCGACUACGUAGCCUCUGACGCCGAGUCUGCAUCGGACGCUUUGCCCAGCGACGACGAUGCCACUUCUAACACCUCGUCGAAGCCGAAGGACAACAGCAAGAAGCGCAAGCGCGCACAGAGCAAUGUCAAAGCCAAGCCAAAGGCCAAGGAGCAACGUCGCACCUCCAAGAAGACAACCCUCGAGGACGUCGAGGACGAAGAAGAGGGUGGACAGGCCAAGACGAAGGCCUUCCUCUACGGCAUCCAGGACUGCUCGCGCUCCGACAUCCUCGAAAGCCUGUAGUGUCACCUCACCGAGCUUCCUGAGCUGGCCGAGCUCCAGAAGGUCCUUCGAGAGACCACCGAGAGUCUCGACGGCAGUGAGCAGAAUGUCAAGCAGCUCGUCAACGGGAAUGGCGAGGGCAAAGACGUCAACGCGCCCGCAACAAAGAAGUUCGACGGAGAGCAUUGCCCGUGCGUCGUCGCUGAGGGAAGUCGUUACUACCUUGGGUCUAAUGUCGCACGCCAUUACGACCUCAAGAGCAAACCGGCUUCGCGCCCCCGACCUCAGGGUCUUGGCUCCUUUGAGGCUACCAAGCGCUUGUUCCUCGACUGGAUCGAUCGCAAGGUUGACUUCAAUGUGCCGCCUCCCUCGUGGAUGGUCAACGACAGGCAGCGCAUCGCCAAAUGCCUCAAGAGCAAGCUGGUUAAUCUCCUCCCGCCCCUCGAAGCCUUCCUGCGUCACGUCGACUCCAGCAGCGAAACGCCAACUGGUGCUUUCUGGCAGAGCAUGGAAGCCGCCGCUUCGCUCAGCGGCCACGUCGCCGCCAUUGUCAACGGCGGCACCGGCUUGCCUCCCUAGUACCUCAAAAACAUCAUUUACGGCCGCGUCGGCAUCCGUGAGAGCGCUUGGCGCACCAUCUACGGCGGCAGGACAAUACAUGGCCCCCGACGGUACGCACAGCACGAGGCAACGCAGGCAGCGUACCGCCUCAGCGACUUGGAGCGACCGCCAGUGCACUACCGGGAAGCUGGCCAGAACGAGGAGAACAUCAUGCUGCCAUUCCUUUUCGUCGACAGCGCUGACCCAAAGGCAAUCAGCGACAUCUUGUCCGUCUGGGAGUCGCUCAUCCUCCGUCUCUUCGGCGCGUACCAAUUCGACAGCAAGAUGCUUGCUGCCCGCGCUGCGUACGGAUUGCCUCAGCUCGCCGGUGUGACCGGCAUUAACGGCAACCGCGCCACCGGCAACGAUGGCUAUGAGGAGACGCAGAGCGCCCUUGGCGUUGCCAGCGACCGCUACAAGAGCCUGCUCUCCCCUCAACGUGUCGGCGAUGGCCCAGGUCAUGGACUGUCAGCUCACUCUCUCGACCGCCACCAUCAGUGGUGCCCGUGCAGAGGUUGUCGAUGCAGCCAGAGUCGCACUCGAGAAGGCAGAGCAUCACGCUCGCGUUACAAGGCAGGCCAUGCAUGGGGAGAGAGCUUCCCUCACCAGGCA